UGAGGGAGUAGGGCCAGGGCGAGGGCGGAAGCAUCGCGUGCAGGGCUGAAUCUCGCACUGAGUGACUGAGUGCGGCAUCGCCUGCUUCCAAUCCCCCAAUUCUACGUAGCGUCGAUCCUGCCUCGUUUGCCCGCAUUUGAUGAGACGCAGAACGAAAUUCUUACAGGCACCCUGCAUUCGUCUCAUUUUUACUCCAUUUUUUGGACAUAGUAUAAGUUUGAAGGCACAGUUGCGGGACAAAAUUGAAAAGAAAGGAUAGAGGUGAAGUUUGUGUUACGAUGGUAGACGCAUCGGCGGCCGUGGCCGCGAGGGCGAUUUUAAUGUCUGGUCCAUUGACGGAGACGACGGGGAGCGAGGGCGAGGAGAGCAGUGCCGACGUUGCCGCGAAAGGGAAGCCUCUCUCGGCAGAAGAGUACGCGCACGUGGCUCUGGAGAAGUUGUUUGCGUCGCCGCUCUUUGCCUCGUCGGAUGCUGAGCUAGGAGAAGCAGAACAGCAAGCAGCUGAUUUAUCUGUCACAGCUGGCGAUCUCACAUUUGGAGACGAGUCUGGCGAUGAAGUGGAUUUAGAGGGGCUGGAGGAAGAGUUAGAGCGCCUCAAAGGUCACCAGAUGGUAGGAAGCAUCCUUGGUCAGGGGAUUCAAUUGCGGGAGUACGCAGUUGAGGUUGAGGAGAACCUACGCCAAGUGGAGCUUGAAUCCAUUCAGGACUAUAUGAAAGAAAGUGACAAUCUGGUGUCUCUUCAUGCUCAAAUACGAGAAUGUGAUACGAUCUUGACGCAAAUGGAGUCAUUGCUUGGUGGUUUUCAGGCAGAUCUAGGAUCGAUAAGUUCAGAAAUUAAGAACCUUCAGGAGCAGUCAAUGAGUAUGGGAAUUAAACUUAAGAACCGGAAGGUCGCAGAAGCAAAAUUGGCAAAAUUCUUAGAGGAAGUGGUAGUUCCCCCAAAUAUGAUUGACACAAUUGUUGAUGGAGAGGUCAACGAGGAAUACGUCAACGUCCUUAUGGUGUUGAGUAAGAAAUUAAAGUAUGUAGCUGAAAACGUUGGCUCUAAAGAUUCCCUGGCAAUGGAAGAUGUUAUUCCAGAAUUUGAGAAAUUGCGCUCCAAGGCAGUCUACAAGGCAAGAGAAUUUUUGAUGCAGAAGCUUUAUGCUUUGAAGCGGCCUAAAACGAACAUCCAAAUCUUGCAGCAGAAUGUCCUCUUGAAGUACAAGUAUGUGGCAACGUUCCUACAGGAUCAUGGUCACGAGGUGUACCCAGAAGUGCGAGCGGCUUAUGUUGACACUAUGAACAAGGUUUUGAGUGUGCAUUUCCGGAGCUACAUUCUAGCUUUGGAAAAGCUUCAGCUUGACAUAGUGACGGCGAAUGAUCUUUUAGGAGUUGAGGACUUGGGUACUCGAAGUACUGGCCUAUUUUCUCGACCCAGGGAGCCUCUUAAAAACCGUGGGGCUGUCUUUGCGCUUGGUAAUCGAGCCUUCGUGUUGAAGGACGUGGAUGGACCAGCGAUUAUUCCUCACAUUGCUGAAUCUAGUAACCAAAAGUUUCCAUAUGAAGUUCUGUUUCGUAGUUUGCACAAGCUUCUUAUGGACACUGCAACUUCUGAGUAUUUAUUUUGCACAAGCUUUUUUGGAGAAGAUGGGAUUUUUAAUGAAAUUUUUUCUGGUUCUUUCGCUGUCAUUGAAGAGCACACAAAUGCAGUUCUACCAAACUGUUUUGAUGCAAUCGGCCUAUUGCUCAUGAUUCGACUCACGAAUGAACAUAAGCUCAUCAUGUGGAAUAGGCGGAUUCCCUCUCUGGACUCUUACUUUGACAAGUUGGUCCUGGUGUUAUGGCCGCGCUUCAAAAUGGUCUUCGAUAUGCAUCUCAGUAGUUUACGAACUGCGAAUCCCCGAGCACUUUGGGAGGAUGAUGUUCGUCCUCAUUAUGUAACUAGGCGCUAUGCUGAAUUUGCCGCAAGUCUUCUCCACCUUACAAUCAAGUAUGGAGAUGGUCAGUUGGAUUUAAAUUUGGAGCGAUUGCGUGUGGCAAUAGAUGAUUUACUGGUUAAGCUUUCACGAAUGUUCCGGCAGCAAAAGCAGCAGACGACAUUCCUCAUCAACAACUAUGACCUCGUACUUUCUGUUCUCAAGGAAGCUGGCACAGAUGGUGGUAAAACACAACAGCAGUUUGAGGAAUUGCUGAAAGGCAGUACUACUGUAUUUGUGGAGGAGGAGCUCAGGGAGCAUUUUGGAGCACUCAUUGCAUUUGUAAAAACACGAGCAGGUGAGGAUUCUGGGACCAGCAAUGCACAACCUAUAAAGCUGGAAGAAGUUGAACCCUUGGUGAAGGACUUCGCAGUUCGAUGGAAGACUGCAAUUGAAGUCAUGCACAAGGAUGUUAUCACGUCGUUCAGCAAUUUUGUGUGUGGUAUGGAGAUCCUGCGUGCGGCACUUACGCAGCUACUUCUGUACUAUACACGAUUAUCCGACUCGCUCAAGCGUGUCGGUGGGGGUGCUGCACUUGGCAAAGAUGUGGUAUCAAUAUCCUCAAUCAUGCAUGAGAUUAAGAAGUAUUCUAGGACUUUCUAAGUUCCUUCCUAGAGCUUCUCGUUUUCUUCUGCAGUUUUGAUCUCUUUUUAAAGACCUCCAAUGCCUCAGUCAGUACUCUAUUUCCCUCCUUCACGACCAUAGUUGUGAGGAUGCUUCACUGAUUCUUUCACUUUCCAGUGUCUAUCUAAAACCUUUCGAAAAUCCAUUGCUGACUGAUUAUUAUGAUUGCUCAAGUGAGCAAUCAUUCUUAUCAGCUCAAGUGUACAGAAACAGUUGGAAGCCCCUUGGCUAAGCAAGGUAUUUGUAGAGAAAUAGCCACUCAUGAAUUUGGGUACCUACGAAAUUAUAUCUCUAGGUUUGCUUCAGCCACUUCAAUUCUUGCUAGACAAGAUAUUCUUGUGAUGGUGAAGCUAGUUCCUUUAUUGACUAUGAUUUGUCUCUUAGUUAUGAUUGCUUCAUCUGCGUAGUAAUGAAUUUAGAGACAGUUAUGCAUAAAACAUUAGCAGUAUGUUCCUGCUUGCUUUGAUCGUCUCCGAUUGUCGUCUUAAGCGGAGUCUCCCACUUGGAGUAGAUGUUCAAUAUAUUUUUCACCAGUUUCGGUUUGUUCACUUAA